GCGCGCGCAUGCGCCAUCUGUUGCCGCGGAGCCGUCGGAGAGCGCUGCAGCCUGGGCGGAGAUCGGGCUGUGCUGCGGCAAGCGGUGCAGAUUACAAUGACUGCAUCAAAUAAAGCACUGGAGCUUCAGCUGCAGAUGAAGCAAAACGCUGAGGAACUGCAGGAUUUUAUGAGGGAAUUAGAGAGCUGGGAAAAGGAUAUUAAAGAAGUUGAUUCAGAAUUAAGGAAACAGAGUGGUGUCUCAGAAGAGAAUUUACCACCCAUUCGAAACAAGACUUUUAAGAAAAAGAAGAAAAGCAAGACUAAAGUCCCAUCAAAGACAACCACUGAGGAAAACAAGAAAAACAAGAUCAAGUCUUAUGAUUAUGAAGCUUGGGGAAAACUUGAUGUGGAUAAGAUACUGGAAGAACUUGAUAAAGACGAUAGUACUCAUGAUUCUGUAUCUCCAGAAUCAGACUCUGAAGAAGAUGGAAUUCAUGUAGAUAAAGAAAAGGCUCUUGCGGAGAAGGAAAAGGGUAACAAAUACUUUAAACAAGGAAACUUUGAUGAAGCUAUAAAAUGCUACACUAGAGGGAUGCAUUCUGAUCCAUUCAAUCCAGUAUUGCCCACAAACAGAGCAUCUGCUUUUUAUAGAAUGAAAAAGUUUUCUGUUGCAGAAUCUGAUUGCAAUUUAGCACUUGCUUUAGAUAAAAAUUACACAAAGGCUUAUGCCAGAAGAGGGGCUGCACGUUUUGCUUUGAAAAAUUUUCAAGGUGCUAAAGAAGAUUAUGAAAAAGUUUUAGAGCUGGAUGCCAACAACUAUGAAGCAAAAAAUGAACUGAAAAAAAUUGAACAGGCUCUAUCAUCUGAAAGCUCAGAACAAAAAGAGUUUGAAGAAGCAGUCAGAUCAGAAUUAACAGAGAACGAGAGAAGGUGCAUUGAAGAAGAGCAGCUAAAACAGAAGGCUGUUACAGAAAAAGAUUUGGGUAAUGGUUAUUUCAAAGAAGGAAAGUAUGAGGCUGCUAUAGAAUGUUAUACACGUGGUAUAGCAGCAGAUGGCACCAAUGCACUUCUGCCAGCUAACAGAGCCAUGGCCUAUCUCAAGAUACAGAAAUAUGAAGAGGCAGAAAAUGACUGUACUCAAGCUCUUCUGUUAGAUGCAUCUUAUUCUAAAGCUUUUGCUAGAAGAGGGGCUGCAAGAGUUGCUCUUGGAAAGCUAAAAGAAGCUAUGCAAGAUUUUGAAGCUGUUUUGAAGCUGGAACCUGGAAAUAAACAAGCAAUAAAUGAGCUCACUAAAAUAAGGAAUGAGUUAGCUGAGAAGGAACAGUCAUGUCAUGAAGAAUAUCCUGCAGUAUUGAUAAAAGAAUCCGAAAUAAAAAAUAUAGUGAAACUUACUCAUAAUCCAUUAAACCUGAAAUCAACAAAGCCUUUGCGAAGAAUAGCCGUUGAAGAAGUUGAUGAUGACGUGCUGAAUAGUGAUUUCUCCAGCUCUACUUCUUUAGUUAAUAACUGGAAGAACUCAGUGAAUAUUGAAACAACAGAGAAUUUAGAUCAGGAUGAUCAGUUAACUUCAAUGGAUAUUCCAAAAGCAAAGCAAUUGAAAAUUGAAGAAAUCACUGAUGUGUCGUCACCACAGCUUCCUGCUGGUGCCAAAGGAGUUUCUUCGGUAUUGCAUCCAUCUAUGAACAAACAGAUAGAAAGAGAAAACAAAGCAUCAUUUAGAUCUGCAUCUCCAGUCCCUGCCAUUCCUGCAAAUUCUUUCCAGCUUGAAUCUGAUUUCAGGAAGCUGAAAGACUGCCCAGAAAAAAUGUACUUGUAUCUGAAGCAAAUAGAGCCUUCGAUUUAUCCAAAACUGUUCCAGAAAUCCUUAGAUCCAGACUUAUUUAACCAGAUACUGAGAAUUCUACAUGACUUCUACAUUGAGAAAGAGGAGCCAUCACUCAUCCUUGAAAUCCUCCAAAGGCUAUCUGAAUUAAAAAGAUUUGAUAUGGCAGUAAUGUUUAUGUCAGGAUCAGAGAAGAAAAUCUGACUAUGUAACAAUGAGACACUUACAAACCAAACCUUUAUCUGGGACCAAGUAAUGCUAAGUUUGCUGUCUAAGUUUUGCUAAUAACCGUUAUACUUUCAAAAUGUUACGUGACUCUACUUAAAAUCAAAUGACUUAUUUGACUCACUGAAGUGCAAGUAAAUUCCACUUAUGAAUUGCCGUAACACCAUAACCUGAAGUAAGUUUUAUUUGCCAUCUGGCAUUAACUUUUACCUUUGCAGUUAAUGCUGUAGUGCCAGGAUAGUAAACAAGAUAAAAUCUGUUGUCAGGAUUGCAUAGCUGUUUGAAGAAGUGUUGUUAGCCAAUUCAUGAGCAUCAAAACAAAGCAAGGUCUUUGCUGCUUUUCUUCACCCUCUCAAUAAUCAUGAAAACAUACUCAUAUUUCAGCUAUAUAGUACUACUUUUACUCUCAGUGGAAAGAUCUGGACUAAUUUACAUUGUGACUGUCAAUCACAGAAAUAACAGUUCAUGUUGGGAUUUUCUUUUCACAGUUACACAGGUACUAUUCAGUCAUAUGAAACACAUGGGAUUGAAAGAUACUUCUGUUGAACAACUAGAGAAGAAAUACGCUGUAUUCUCUUAGUGAGUUUCCUGACACUACGUAUGUAAAUUGCUCUGUUUCCACGCUUCCGUCAUGUUGAACUCAGCUGAAGAAUCCUAUAAAGACUGGAGUUCAGUUGCUUUUGUAUAUGUGAUUAGAUUCUUAAAAGUUGAUUCAUCCAAAUGGCCAGUGUCUGAAGAGAGAAUUUCUUAGUUCUGCAGGCACAUCUACUUUCCAGCUCCUGAAACAAUACAGAUUUAUGUAUCUUCAGCGGAAUCUGUUUGCCUAAAAAACAAUGAAUGGUGUUCCAGAUUGCAACUGCAGAUGGAGGUCUUUAUUGAAAAGAAAAAAAUAUAUAUAUUUAUGAACAUUCAUUUGGUAAGAAUCAAAUGAUGUGUAAGAAAUUUGCUUUUUGUAUUUCAGAAAGUAAAAUAAAUGUUGAGUUAAAAUAUCA